AUGCAAAGAUCUCAAAGGAAAAGAUGUGCUCCUUCCUGGCUGAAAGAGAAGCCUUACAUCAAAGUAAGAUUUACGCAAGACGGCAUGAUUACGAAAGUUUUGGAAUCGUGGAAAAUAAAACUUUCGGAAGGCGGGAAACACUUAGUUGGCUCUCUUGCCAACUUCAGUUUUCGAGUGGACCAGCAAGUUUGGUGCUACUGGAAGACUGUAGACGAGAGAGAAAAAUGUUACUUCGAGGGCAAAAUUAUCGAAAUUUGGGAUGAUUCCGGUGUUACAGCGGAGAUCGAAGCAGAUGAAGAUCAAACGAUUCCCGUAACAAAUGACUUUGAAGCGUUGGAAGAAGUUGAAGGUAAGAAAAUGACACAGCUUUAUAUAGGCUAUCGAGAAGUAACAGUUUAAACAUGAUCAUGCAUGAUCAAAGAGUGUACAAAGUGUAGUUUUAAUGAAGAAUAAGGGAUCCUUAAACUGAAACUGGGCCUAUGGAAAGCGUGCUCUGAAGCGGUUAUGUUUGAUGUUUAAGGACUCGUUCUUCAAAGUCCUCCGACAAAGUGAACCUGAGACGACUCAUUACUCCAACCAGGAUUUAAAAUUCAAAACUAAUUAUUAAAAACUAUCGUUCAGUUCUAGUGUCGGAAAUAUACUAAAAAAAGUUUUGCUUGCAUUUGGCAGCUGCAAAUGGGGAGGUUUCCCCUAAAAAAAAGAAACAGAAGCGGACGAAAGAAAUGAAAAAGACCGCCAAACCCCAAGUUGCCAAUUACGUCGACGAAGAGGUAAGCUUAUUUUUGAUGUUAAAAGACAUUUAAGAAAGUUGUGAUUUCCUGUUGAUUCAUAAUGAACAAAGAACAGUAAAAAAUUGCUUUUAGCACUUUGAAUUAAUUUUUAAUUUCAGCUUAAUAACAAUAAAUAAAUCAAGGUCAAUGGCUUGGAUGACAUGAAUUCGCAUUCCACCUUUGUUCAGAAGAGAGAAAAAGAAUAGUUACAUUAUUAACUGCGAAUGGCAACUAACUCUCCUGUUUUACUAUAAUGUUUGAUAAAAUCAGGCAACUUUCUUAUCAUUUGGGUAGGUAAAAGCAGCAAAGCAACUUGAAAACAAGAAAAAGCGGGAAGAGGAAAAGGCAAAACAUGAAGACAACCUGCAGCAGAGCAAAGAGCUGCUGAAAGUCUCCGACGAAAGCAUGGUAUGCAUUUACAUGGCAUUAGUAGAAGUAAUAUCCAUACUUUUUACAGUAAUGGAAGAUUAUUAUUGACUCUUUCUUUUAACAUUACUUUUGUAAUUCCCUACAGAUGCAGCCCAAAACAAUAAACUGUAAAACAACCCAGAUAAUUUUUGUCUUAUUGUUUUGCACGCUCCAACUACACCAAGAAGCUAUAUUCAAUAUAAGGGUCUCUUACUCAUCUAAUCUAUAUAAUUGUAUUAAAAUUGCAGGAUAUGCUCUUUGACUUUAUGAAACAAAUUACAUCUCGUCUGGAAAGAAUAGAAGAAAAAGUUGACAGAGAGAGUCAGAACUUGCAGAGGCUUCUAAAAAAAAUAGAGAAACGAAAGGCA